UCUGUGAAUAAAUUUCUAUCCGCCAUAAUAAUUAUGCAACAACAGAAAAAAAAGUGUUUUACAGUUUUUUGGAAAAUAUCCAACUGUACCCAUAUUGAAAUCUCUCUAUAUAAAUCCACAUUCAGUCUUUCGUUGCUCCUCGCACAAACAAGAGAAAGACUUUCAACUACUACAAAAUUCAUAUCCGCCGGCGAAGAUGAUGAAAAUCAUGUUAGCAGUUCUUUUGGCGAUUAUGGUCAUGAACAUGGCCUCAUUAGGUCAAGCCAUCCCGGACGACCAAAGUCCGGCGGCGGUCGAAAAAUGGUUCCGGCAGUUUCCCUAUGCAGUCCCUAAGUUGACAAAACUCCACUUCUAUCUCCACAACAUCGUCAGCGAGAGUCCUCCGGACAGCGUCCCGAUUGCUCAGGCAGCCUCCACCGCCAAUUCACCGACGAAAUUCGGCCUGGUCACCAUCUUAGACGGUCCAUUAGCCAAUAGACCGUUCUCGAAAAACGUCAUUGGAUACGGUCAGGGGCUAUUCACUUUGUCCUCACAGGAAGAGUCGAGUACACUUAUCACGGUAAAUUUCGUUUUCACCGCGGGUAAAUACAAAGGUAGCACUCUCAGCGUCUUGGGGCGUAACGUGGUGUUUGCCCCCAUCAGGGAAUUCCCCAUCAUUGGCGGAACCGGUGAUUUCCGGCUGGCGCGUGGAGUCGGCACGUGUACUACAAACUAUCUUAACUCGACCUCCGGAGACGAUAUUCUGGACGUUAAUUUUGUGUUCUACCGUUACGUUCUUCCUGGUCAAGAAGAGUCUGACUCUGAGAAUUAUGAAGAAGAAUGAACAUUCUGAUGUUUCUCCCCCUUUUUUUGUUUUUUUUUUAGAGGCCUUAUUCUAGGGCAGGGCUGGGCAGGAACAAGAGGAGAUGUCCUUCCCAUACUUAAUUUUAUCAUAUGAUCAAUAAAAUUGUAGCCCGAAGGAUCGACAUCUAUAAGUUUGUGAGUCGGUCUCACUUGGUAUCCGGGCUUUUGUCCUAGGAAGCAGUUGGGCAUAGUCCAGUUGGUUGUUUGUGUUUCUCUGAGCUUAAUAAAAUUGUACUUCUUGUUUGUUUCUUCAGUGGUUUGGUUUUGCAAUUGGUGCGCAGUCUAGCAGCUGUAUAACUCUGUGCAGGCAUAAUUUGUCAUGACUAAUUUUAUUCUGAAGUUCACCAAACUUUUGCAAUGAAUAUUGAAAAAAUGAAUUAUCAGUUUAUCACAAUAUAUAAUACUCAUUUCGUCCCGAAA